UCCGCGACGCCGGACGAUGCGACGGGGUUCGGAGUCACCUUGCCCCGUUAGCUUCCGCUCUAUAAAAAAACACCGCUCCGAGACAAGACAGGCCGUUGUGGUUGAACCUUUGCCGGGAGAGACAGCAUUUCGAAGCGGCACCUGGGGGACCAGCAGCGCGGUAGAAUGGCGGACACCAAACCCAAGACCUCUCCGAAGGCAAUCAAGUUCCUGUUCGGGGGGCUAGCUGGGAUGGGAGCUACAGUGUUCGUUCAGCCUCUGGACCUGGUGAAGAACCGGAUGCAGCUCAGUGGCCAGGGUUCCAAAGCCAGAGAAUACAAGACCAGCUUCCACGCUCUGGUCUCCAUCCUGAAGAACGAGGGGGUUGGGGGUAUCUACACCGGCUUGUCCGCAGGGCUGCUACGUCAGGCCACCUACACCACCACCAGGUUAGGGAUCUACACCAUCCUCUUUGAGAAGAUGACCAGACCAGAUGGUACUCCACCCAGCUUCAUCAUGAAGGCCCUGAUCGGUAUGACCGCGGGAGCGAUCGGUGCCUUCGUCGGGACGCCGGCUGAGGUGGCGCUGAUCCGCAUGACUGCCGACGGACGUCUCCCUGCAGACCAGAAGAGAGGGUACAGUAACGUCUUCAACGCCUUGGCCCGGAUCACCAAGGAGGAGGGAGUCACCACUCUAUGGAGGGGCUGUGUUCCCACCAUGGCCAGGGCGGUAGUGGUGAAUGCUGCUCAACUGGCCUCCUACUCUCAAACCAAACAGGGUCUGCUAGACUCAGGUUAUUUUGGUGAUGAUAUUUUGUGUCAUUUCUGCGCCAGUAUGAUCAGCGGUUUAGUGACCACAGCUGCCUCCAUGCCUGUCGACAUCGUCAAGACCAGGAUUCAGAGUAUGAGGAUGAUCGAUGGAAAGCCAGAGUAUAAGAAUGGUUUGGAGGUGCUUGGCAAGGUGAUCCGCAACGAGGGCUUCUUCUCCCUGUGGAAGGGCUUCACGCCGUACUACGCCCGCCUGGGCCCCCACACGGUGCUCACCUUCAUCUUCCUGGAGCAGAUGAACAAGCUCUACAAGCAACACGUCCUGGAGCGCUAACCUGCUCACACACUCACUCUUGAGUCACACUCACUCACACAGACACACACGCACGCACACUCCCUUGCUGUAGGAAUCAUGCCGUGUAUUUUUUUGUAAACUACUAACGAUUAACUCAUGACCUCACCUGAUGUCAUGGGACAGUUCCGUAUCUAUGGUUACUGCGGGGAUGGAGUAAUAAAAUUCAGUUGUGAGCCUUUAAUCGGUCGUUCCUUGUGUUCCUUACUUGUGUCAUGUAUAUUAUUAUUUUAUUAUCAAUAUAAUUAUUAUUUUAUUUGUCACGGCAUAUUUUCCUCCAGAUUAUGAAUUUGACAACACUGUGGUUGUGGACCACCAGUUUGGACAAUCCCUACAGCCCCCAUUCCCCGGAAUGGCUGAUCUUGGGUCUCAAGUUCACAAACAAAAGGAUGGCUUCUCCCCGCAAAUUAAUAACAUAAGUUGUUCAACUACAAAUGUUCCACUUUUAUAAUUCUUAUUAUUCUAGUGAGGCCACUGUGUGAUGAAGGUGUGAAAGUGGUGCAAGGGGUGUGGUAAAAAGACUAUACCUCUGCCACGUUUAGCCUAGGACAUUCCUGUUGUCGACCUGAUUUAUCCCGUAGUAUCGGCCACCGUCACCUCAAAUCAAAAAUAAAUAUUCCUUCCUUCAGGAACACA